AUGGCCGGGGCGGCGACGCUGGUCAUCAUUUUUGACCUGGUCCUGCCAAGGCGGGCCGGGGGGCUGCUGCCGUAUCUGGCGUUCCUGAUGCUGGCCGGGCCAUUUGUACUGAGCCUUUACCAGUUCUACGACUUGGGAGAGGCCGCCAGUCUCCUUCGGAGCACCGGCGAUGACGGCGCCAGCAUACUGACAGGCAGCCUGUCGGUGGACCGGUUUGCGCUGUUCUUCAAUUUCCUGGUCACCGGGGCGGCCGCGCUGGUGGUGCUGGCUUCGACGGAAUACGUGCGAUUGAUGCCUCGCUUCCGGGGCGAAUACUUUGGCCUGUUGCUGUUCUCCGCGACGGGAAUGAUGCUGCUGGCGGCCGCAACCGAGCUGAUCACCAUAUACGUCGCGCUGGAACUUACCAGCCUGCCAAUCGCCGCGCUGGCGGCGUUCCUGAUGAGCAGGCGGUCCAGCGAGGCGGGGAUGAAGUUCCUGAUCAUCGGGGCCAUCAGCUCGGCACUGAUGCUCUACGGCAUGGCGCUGGUGUUCGGGUUCACGGGCAGCACCGAGCUGACGGAAAUCGCCGCCGCAGUGGGACACGCUGGCGGGGACGUCGCAUUCGGCAACUGGGCCCUGCUGGUGGGCAUCGUGCUGCUGGUGGCGGGUUUUGGAUUCAAGAUAUCCGCAGCCCCGUUCCAGAUGUGGGUGCCCGACGUGUACGAAGGCGCUCCCACGCCGGUGGUCGCAUUCCUGUCGGUGGCCAGCAAGGCGGCAGGCUUCGCUGUCUUGUUCCGGGUGCUGUUCACUGGGUUCUUCGACGUGUCGCUGGACUGGGCUGUACUGAUGGCCGCCCUGGCCGCCGCUUCGAUGAGCAUCGGUAAUGCCGUGGCGAUGGGGCAGAGCAACAUCCGGCGCCUGUUCGGGUACAGUACCAUCGCCCACGCCGGGUACCUGCUGGUGGGCGUGGCCGCGAGCGUAAAGGCCGCUGACGUCAUUCCCGACGUUCCUGUUUUCGCGUCGAUCGGACUGGAUAGCGUACUGUUCUAUCUGGUGGCGUACACUGCGGCCAACCUCACGGCCUUCUUCGCCAUUGCCGCCAUAGGGGAGCGGGUGGGCAGCGACCGGAUCAGCGACUACGCGGGCCUGUUCCACCGAUCUCCCGUGCUGGCCGGCACACUGGCCCUGGCGCUGAUAGCGUUGGUCGGCGUGCCGCCCACGGGCAUAUUCAUCGCCAAGCUGUAUGUAUUCACCGCCGCAGUGGACAGCGGGCUGGCGUGGCUGGCGAUAGUGGGCGUGGUCAACAGCGCGGUGUCGGCCUACUACUACAUGCGCAUUAUCAGGGUGAUGUUCCUGCAGCAGGCCCCAGCAGCGCCCGGGGCUCCGCCGUCCCGCAAUCCGGCGCCCUGGGCUGCGCUGGGCGUGGCGGCGGCCGUGCUGGUCUUCCUGGGCGUGGCGCCGGGCUUCGUGAUGGAGGCGGCGGGCGCUGCGGUGAGUGCGCUGGGAGUGUAG